UCUGCUAUAAAUUCCCUCUAUCUUCCUCUCUGGUUCCGCAACUUCUCCUUCUCUUCCUUCCUUGGAUCGAUCUCUAGGGUUUUAGAGCUAUCUGUAGGUCUCCAAUGGAGACCGACCUGAGGGCUUUGGCGCGGAUUCUUAGUGGGUACAAGGAGGAGGGAGGAGAAGGGAAGGGGGAGAGGGAGAGGGAGAGGAAUCUCGUCACCCUCAACCUCCUCGGCAGCGGUCCGAUCAAAGUCGGAUCCAGGGGUUUGGAUCUCGACUUCCGGGUUUCUUCGCCUGGUUUGGAGAACCGCCGCGAUCUACUGUCCGAUCUGAUGCAUCCUCAGAAGCCCAGCCCCCCUCCGGCGCGCCGCGAGCUCCAGGACCUCAACCUCCCACCGGCCCCCGACGCCGCCGGCGACGGCGGCGACGCCCCUCCGCUGGAAGACUCCGCCUCCCUGAACCUGAACCUUGUGGCUCCCCCCGCUUCGGAGCACCCCAGCACCUGCACCCUCGAGAACGUGAAGUCCGCCCUUGAGCAGGCGGAGCGCGAAUCUCGAGACAAGGCUCGUCGAGAGGGAAGACUGGAUGGCUCUCCUUCGUCCUCGUCGUCGUCGGCGGCCACGAACUCAUCGGUGAAGCGGCGCGGGGGCGAGGAAGGAGGAGGAGGAGGAGGAGGAGGGGAGGUGGGAGUGGACGGCUCUGACUCGUCCGGUGGGUCCCUGAUGGCCACGGGGUGCCCCAACUGCCUCCUGUACGUGCUGGUGGCCAAGCGGGACCCGCGCUGCCCACGGUGUGGCUCGCACGUGCCGGCCCCCUUCUUCGGCAAGAAGCCUAGGGUCCAUUUUUAGUUCAAUCGAUGGUCAACUUCAGAUCCCAGAACUACAUAAAAUUGUCACCCAGAUAUAGAUAAAAAAAACGUAGACAUGAGAUAAUAGUUUUUUUCACUUUUUUCCUUUUUUGUAAAUAAGAGAAGGAGCUGUCUCUCAGUUUAGAUGACUAUUUUUGUUUUGUUAUUUUUGAUUUUUAUUUUAUUUGUGC